AUGGCGACAUCGACCUUCGCUAGCCUAGUGGAAGCCACCCAUGAAGCGGGCCUCGACCCCGCAAUUUUGUUGACGCUCCAAGACAUCGGAGUGUCGUCGGUGGACGACGCAGUGAGUGCCCUCGGCCGUCCUCCGCUUGGGCCGGACAUUCAGGCGGCGCUGGAUGCACUUGUCACAGUUGUACAUGGGGCGCGAACUGCCUCUGCUUGUACGGCUCCGACGACCACGGGGCCAUUGCGCAACCUCAAGCGCAAGGAUGUGCCACGUCCGGCACCUCAGCCCCAUGGGGGUUGCCUCCAGAAGGCGCUUAGGGCGGCCGACCCCGCAGUUCGUGAUGAGACACUUCGCACCUUCCAGGCGGACAUCUUCGCUCGCUCCAACCAGGCCCCCCAAGACAGCAGGUGGAAGACGUGGCAGCGGUUGGCCGAGGCUUGGUCGCUGAGGCCCAUACCAUUGACCACCGACCUCGUGGCCAAGGUGGGCAGCCUGCUCAAGGCCGGGGGGUACAAGUCUUGUAAGCAAUACUUUUCCCGUGCUCGGCGGGCCCAUGUCGAGAAUUUCGGGGAGCUGGACGCUGGAGUAGUGCUAGCGAUCUCGGACGCCAUCCGCAGCAUCGAGCGUGGCUUGGGGGGCCCUGCCCUCAAACAGGCCUUCAGGGUGGAGGAGCUCCGCUUCAGCGACAGCAACACGACCGCGGCGGGACACGCCAUGGUGGUUGGCGGAUGCUGGUUUCUCACCAGGGAGAUCGAGUCGGCGGCUCUUCGCAGGGGGGAUAUCAGCUUCGACCACGAGUCCUUCACCGUAUCCGUCAAGUUGGCUGCGUCCAAGACCGACACACAGGCGCGUUCAGUGACACGUUCACACCGGUGCUACUGCCAAGUGGUGGGGGAGCAGUUGUGCCCAUUCCACGUCCUCGAGCACUACUACAUGCUUGACACCGGGGCCUCGGACGACGUCCCCUUGUUCCAUGACGGCGACUACGUGGAGCUCUCGAAGAAUCAGGCGGUGGAGCUCAUCCGAGCAACUCUGGCGGCUGCAGGAGUAGCAACCAGGGACGACAACGGCCACCCGCGCUUCGGAGGUCACUGCCUGAGGGUCUCGGGAGCUCAGUGGCUUUGCCGGCUGAAGAUACCGACCUCGACCAUAGCCUUGCUGGGUCGAUGGGGGAGCAGGGCCAUCGAACGCUACCUGCAGGAUGCCGAACUCACCAACUUGGAGCCGGCCGCGCCCUUCCCACCUCCGCCGCCUGCGACACCGACAUCUGUCAGGCAAUGGCUGCUGUGUGACAGUCCUGGCGAUGAGCGUGCUGCAGUGGAGACAGAAGGCUCAACCUCAGCAGUGGGAAAGGACUCGACCACAGCGACGGCCUUGGAAGAACGUUUGGAACAGCUGUCACUAGCAGUGGAGCGACUACUGCAUCGACAACGCUUCAUCGUCAGCCGGAAGACACACAUCCGUGACCCCCUCGAGGGUGACAGGAAUCCUGCUAAAUGGCAGGCGCAGUGUGGUUGGCGAUACGGACACUCUAAGUUCUGGCGCAGCGACAGCGAGUCGGGCUCUUUGUGCAAGAAGUGCUUCCCGGCCCAGGGGAACGUAGUCGACCUCGAAUCCUCGUCGGCCUCUUCCGAGGACUCACAGAGCGAGACGAGCUCCGCUUCUAGUAGCAAUUAG